GGGACAUUGUCAGUCGGGGAUUUGUUGGCUGGGGCAUAAUUUCAUACAAGUAUUUAAGCUUGAUACCCAUCGCCACGCAGGAGACCUGAGUGGCCAUUCUUUUUUUCGGUUAAGAGGCGUCCUUUGAUUUCUUUUCUUUUCUUUUCUUUUCUUAUAGACAAGAUCGUUGCAUCCCAAACAAACGAGCCGCAAUGUCGACAACCAUUACCACCACCACGGCGCAGCCGAUUACGGCUGAGGCCAUGCUUCGUCUUUUCCCAGACAUCGAUACCACCAGCGAGGCACUGACCGGCCACGAUGAGGAGCAAAUCCGACUGAUGGACGAGGUCUGCAUCGUCACUGACGAGAACGAUAUGCCCAUUGGCACUGCGAGCAAGAAGAUUUGCCACCUGAUGACCAACAUCGACAAGGGACUCUUGCACCGUGCCUUUUCCGUCUUCCUUUUCAACGACAAGAACGAGCUACUGCUUCAGCAGCGCGCCUCUGAGAAGAUUACCUUCCCAGACAUGUGGACCAACACCUGCUGCUCGCACCCGCUGAGCAUUCCCACCGAGACUGGCGCAAACCUGGUCGACUCCAUCGCUGGAGCGAAGCGUGCCGCUCAGCGCAAGCUGGAACACGAGCUCGGCAUCAAGAAGGAGCAGGUCCCCUUUGAGGACUUCCGCUUCCUGACCCGAAUCCACUACAAGGCUCCUAGCGAUGGCAAAUGGGGCGAGCACGAGAUUGACUACAUCCUCUUCAUCAAGGCCAACGUCGACCUCAACAUCAACGAGAACGAGGUGCAGGCCGUUCAAUACGUCACCCCCGAGAACCUCAAGAAGCAGUUUGAAGACCCCAGCCUCAAGUUCACCCCCUGGUUCAAGCUGAUCUGCAACUCCAUGCUCUUCCAGUGGUGGGAGAGCUUAGACUCUGGUCUGGACAAGUACACCAACGAGCAGGAGAUCCGACGAAUGCUGUAAUGGGCUUUUACUUGGAUACGAAUACGAUCUAGGGGGGGGGAGGGGGCGAGGAAACGUAAUGUGGACGAGCGAGCGAAUUUGGCACAAUGUGUGUCUCUUCUUUUUCCUCUUCGAGGAAGAUGACGAUUCAAAAGAGGGUAAAAAGUACUGGGGUCAAAUAUGCGGUUAAAUAUGCUUGUGUUUGUGAGCUUGACAAUCUCUAUUAGAUUAUUCCUAGAGCAGAGUUAGAUGCGGG